AUGUCCGCAGCAUCCUGCAUCCCGGUCCAUAGCCUCACCAUGCCCGUAGACCACGUUGGUGAGCGUCCAUACUACCGUCCGGACCCAGAGUACAUCUCCCGCCGCGAGUCCUUCUACCGCGCCAGCCAGGAGUACGAUCGCCGGGAUCAAAUAGCCAUGCCAGAAGCCGCUGCACCUGAGCAAGCACCGAGCGCGCCGUCCACCAAGGUCGACAGCGUCAUGGAAAAGAAAGACUCCCCGAAGGCCAGGGAGAGUCACGGCGCUGAGAAUUCAGACGCCACGCCCACAGCAGGCGGCAUGAAGCUGGGAGCCAACGCCAAGAACUUCGGCGAGUGGCGCGAUCGAAUGACGAAGCAGGCAGAAGAGGCUGGGCUGCUGACAGAGGAGGAGGAAGAGGAAGAGGAGAUGGCUGAGAAAUCGGGUGUCAAGGAUGAGAAGCUGCCCAAGAGCAAGUCUGCCACCAGCUUGUUCAAGCGACUCAAGGCAAUGAGGCCGAAGAGGUCGAAUCCCGAGUAG